AACAUGGCGGAAAAGAAUUAGCGUAGAAAAUUAUCAUUGCCGUUUUAAAAGUUCUUUAAAACUAGUUGCGUUACUAAAUCCGUCGACGUAAGCUACUUGAACAUCCCACCCUUGUCGUAAUGGAUCCUUCAGAAGUGGAAUUUUUAGCCGAAAAGGAAAAUAUAUCCAUUCAAACUAACUUCUCUGAGAACAAGAUUUAUUUGAUCGGGGGAGACAUUGGACCGUUUAAUGCAUCUCUGCCAACUGAAGUACCCCUCUGGGUUGCAAUAUUUUUGAAACAGAGAAGAAAAUGCAGAAUACUGCCUCCCGAAUGGAUGGAUGUUGAAAGGUUGCAAGAACUGAAGGAAAAAGAGAAAGAGGCAGAUUACUUCACAAAAAUGCCUUCUAAACACUACAUGGAAAUAGCCUCUCUUCUUCUCAACAGUGCUUCAGAUGAUAUUCCUCAUGCAGAUGAAGUACGCACCUUGAUUAAAGACAUCUGGGACUUGAGAAUUGCCAAGCUUAGAAAGUCUAUUGACAUUAUGGUCAGUCAGCAAGAAGUUUAUGCCAGAUUAGAUGAUUUAUCACUGAUGGAAAUUAAUGUGAUUCGCCCAUUCCUCACACAAGCUCUAGAUCAUAUGCAUAACUUGAGGUGUCAUGUUGCAGAAAAUCCAAGUAAUGCUUAACAGAAGAUUGUAAAAUGUUUUUGAUUGUGACUGAACAGAAGGUUGUGAAAGCAACACAUGACAGGUGUCUUUAUGAGAAUGUCCAUCUACAAACACCACUAGAAAUACAGUAAUAGCAUUUAUUUUUACUGCAUUAGUUUUCAAACAAUACAAUUAGGUCCCAGGGCUCGACACUAACUUUUCAACUUACUAUAGCGAAGUGGCUAGUGACAUCUGAGGUGUUACAACAAUUUCAGU